CUUGUCUCCAUCUGGUGCCAGCUGCUGCUGUGCUGCUUUCCGUUGCUCGAUUCAAGAACAUUGAAAAAAAGCAGCAGCAAGCAGGGGGAUAAAUCUACCGUAUUUGGAGGAGCCAAAAAGAAAGAAGGGAGCUUUUCUCGGUUAGCAAGCGCUUUCCAUCUGCAUUUUUUGGGGAGGGAGAGCGUGGUGACGGGGAGAGCAUUGCUGGGGCGGUGGCGUGGGAGAUGGGGAGGAGGAGGAGAGGCGGCGGAAUGCUGGAUGCGGCGUCGCUGCCGCCGCUGCUGCUGCUCCUGCUUGCCUGCGUCUGGCCCCAGCAGCAAAUCUUGGUCGCCGCAGACACUGACGCCAGUGACGUUACUGCCCUCAACACACUCUUCACUAGCUUGAAUUCUCCGGGGCAGCUAAAAGGCUGGCAAGCGACUGGCGGUGACCCUUGCGGUCAAUCAUGGCAGGGCAUCACUUGCUCAGGAUCAUCGGUUACAGCAAUCAAAUUGCCAAACUCGGGGCUGUCCGGGAAUUUGGGAUACAAUAUGAAUACCAUGGGUUCGUUGGUUGAGAUUGACAUGAGCCAAAAUAACCUUGGUGGUGGACAAGCGAUACAGUACAAUCUCCCUACUAAUAAGCUUGAGAGGCUCAAUCUCGCAGGAAACCAGUUCACUGGAAAUUUACCCUACUCGAUUUUCUCGAUGAAUAAUCUUAAGUAUUUAAAUCUUAAUCAUAACCAGUUACAAGGGAAAAUGACCGAUGUAUUUUCCAACCUUGGUAGCUUGACAACAGUGGAUCUCUCCUUUAAUUCUCUUACGGAUGACCUACCAGAAGGUCUUACUUCCUUGUCAAGUCUUAAGACUUUAUAUUUGCAGAACAAUCAGUUCACUGGUAGUAUCAAUGUCCUAGCUAAUCUCCCCCUUUCUGAUCUGAAUAUUGCAAAUAAUCGUUUCACUGGUUGGAUUCCUAGUCAGCUAAAGAAGAUAAACAGUCUACAGACUGAUGGUAAUUCUUGGACUACGGGACCAGCACCACCGCCGCCGCCAUUUACAGCUCCACCUUCAAACCGUCGGAAGAGCCCAGGUCAAAACAGCGAUAGUUCAUCAAGUUCUGGUGGAAAGUCUGGAAUUGGUGGUGGAGGUGUAGCAGGCAUUAUCAUAUCGUUGCUGGUUGUUGGAGCAAUUGUUGCAUUUUUUGUGAUAAGAAGAAGAAAACGCAAACCUAAAAUGGCAGAACACUUUGAACAGCACCAGCCAUUCACUUCGUUUCCUUCAAACGAAGUUAAAGACAUGAAGCCUUUUGAAGAGUCUACCACAAUAGAUGUGGAAUCUUUGGCUUCCCCUGCUUCAGUUGCUCUGAAGCCACCCACCAAGAUUGAACGCAACAAUUCAUUUGAGGAUGAUGACUUUUCAAACAAGCGUGUUCCAAAGAAAAGCAAUGCAAAACAUAUAAAGGCAAUUGUUUAUUCAGUUGCGGAUCUACAAAUAGCAACAGAUAGCUUCAGCAUGGACAAUCUUGUUGGAGAGGGUACUUUUGGACGUGUCUACAGGUCACAGUUCAAUGAUGGAAAGGUUUUAGCUGUGAAGAAACUAGAUUGUACUGUGAUACCAUUCCAAUCUUCUGAUGACUUUGUUGAACUGGUCUCAAACAUUUCAAAGUUGCACCAUCCCAAUCUCAACGAGCUUGUGGGCUAUUGCAUGGAACAUGGACAACACUUGCUCGUGUAUGAUUUCCACAGGAAUGGAUCACUUCAUGAUCUACUCCAUCUUUCAGACGAAUACAGCAAGCCACUUAGCUGGAACUCUCGUAUUAAGAUUGCACUAGGCUCUGCCCGUGCAUUGGAGUAUCUUCAUGAAGUAUGUUCUCCGUCCAUCAUCCACAAGAAUUUCAAGUCAUCCAACAUUCUGCUCGACUCAGAAUUCAAUCCGCACCUCUCAGAUGCUGCACUUGCAAGCUUUAUUCCUGAUGCUGAGUUCCAGGGAGCAGAACAGAGUGCUGGGUGCACUGCCCCGGAGGUGGACAUGACUGGCCAGUAUACUCUCAAGAGUGAUGUCUACAGCUUUGGGGUGGUCAUGCUAGAGCUUUUGACCGGACGCAGACCAUUUGACAGCUCUAAGGCUAGGUCAGAGCAGUCACUGGUGCGGUGGGCGACUCCCCAGCUGCACGACAUUGAUGCACUGGACAGCAUGGUCGACCCUGCGCUCAAGGGUCUGUACCCUGCCAAGUCCCUGUCCCGGUUCGCCGAUGUGCUCGCCUUGUGUGUCCAGCCUGAACCAGAAUUCAGGCCACCGAUGUCGGAGGUGGUGGAGGCGUUGGUCCGGCUCGUGCAGAGGGCCAACAUGACAAAGAGAAUGCUCGACGGAGACAAUUCUUCUCGGCGAGGCGAUGACCAGGACCAGGAUUUCAUAUGACGCAAGCAAAACCCUUCUGUCCCCUGCUGUUGCAUCGAGAUUGCAUUUAUUUAUUUCUUCUAGCACCUAGUCCGAGAGAAGAGUGGAAGAACAAAGCAGAAAUAGUGUCCGGUCCUGUCAGUAUAUAUUCAUAGGUUUUGCUUGAUAUA